UAGCAGGAUGCUAGCUUCCUUUUCCAUGGCUUCUCCAGCUCCCUUCCGGUGCCUUCAGUGGCACAUCCGCCAGCGCCCGAGUCGCCCUGCCAGGCUUUUGGCGAGGGCAGCGAAGGAUGACAGCAGAUGGCGCCCGCUGUCGCUCUCAGAGAAGCUGCAGCAACCGCUGCAGCUACUGGUAGCCAUAUGGCUGCUGCUGCUUCUACCAGCGGGGUUGGCCAUGUCACCAAGGAAAAUUUGCGGUGGACUGGUUCUAGGCUCUCUUCCUUUCGAGUACCUGGCCUUUUUCUUGGUUGGCACUGUUCCACGAGCUUGGCGAUAUGGGAGUUAUGCACGUCCGGCGAGAAAGGGGAAGCCUGGUACUCGCCCACAGGACUUUCUGUUCCUUCUGUUGGCCCUUUUCCUGGCACAUAUCCUGGCAGUGGUUCUCUUUGUCCAGCAGCACAGGGUCUUGAGUUUUGGCUGGAAACUGCCGCGUUUUGUUGCGAUGGUCUUGACUGGAACGGCGGCAUGGCAUUUGGGCAGGAACUAUGAUCGAGUAGCAGUCUCUUCAGAGCUUGUGACAACCGGCCCGUACCGAUUGGUUCGACAUCCGAUCUAUACAUCCUAUCUCAUUUUAUUCAUAAGCAGCCUGUUGGAUUUGCAAUCUUGGUUGGGAUGCGGCAUUUUAAGCAUCGCUGCAUUGCUAUUUUACUCUCGUCGCAUCACUGCAGAGGAGGAGAUUCUGAAGGAAAGCUUUGGUGAGAAAUGGGAUGCCUUCACAGCCUCGACACGGUUCAAACUAAUCCCCUUUAUCUACUAGUCACUACUAUACUAAUUAGUCCCAUGACACCGGGUGUCAUGGAAUCAGUGACCUGGACUUCACUCUGAUGGAAAGAUUUACACGUCCAACAGCUCCACUUGAUCGACCGAUGACCUCAGGGGUGGCAGACUGCAAGAUGUCCGAGAGCCGAUAGCACCAAAGUCAGCAGUGGUCGCUAGCAACUUCAAGCACUGUUCAACUGCAGUCCCGAAUUCCAAGAGAUUGAAAUGUUCGCUGCCUGCGGCAAUUCAGA